AUGGUGGACACAAGGGACCCUAGCAGACAGCCGACCAGAUCGCGCAUGCGAGCAGGAAAGGCAUGUACGCGCUGCCAUGAGAAACGGAUCAAGUGUGACGCCAUGCAACACAUGCCAUGCACUCGCUGCGUGCGAGAUCGCCACGCGGAUUGUGUGCUCCGGGAGACGAAACGUGGGACGUAUACCCGGAGUGCCCUGCGUCAGAAAAGAGUGCGCAUACCACUUGCGCCUGGGUCUGAUGUUGCGGCACCUUUCCCAACAGGUUCAUCUGCUCCGAACUUAGGUUCACGAACCAUCGACCAUGCCCAUCCUCAGACCGGCUUUGGAACCUCCAGUUCACAGGUUCGGUCUCAGGAAGGCCCGCGAGCGAGUGAGCCUGCGCCUACCCAUGUUGCAGCGGAGGCUCCAGGCGACGGCUCCUCCUACCAUCAAAUCUCGUGGUCCGCGAUGUUCGACCAUUUCUUGAACAACCGCGAAAACGGACAAGACUGGAUUGACAAGUGCUCGAUCACUUACCUCGGAGAGUCCUUUCCCCUGUCUAUCGUCUUGGGUGGCUCCAAGGGCGACAGCCGACCGAGACUACACCAUCUAGGCCCGCCUUUGCCUACGGCCCUAGGAAAUACACCCUUCCAGUCCCAGCCCACAAAUAUGUUAUCAGAGGACCUCGAGUAUCUCCGUGCCAAGGGAGUGUUCAACCCGCCGGAAAAGGCACAUCUGAAUGCCCUCAUCUCGAUCUUCUUGGAUCACGUCUACCCGCUCUAUCCGAUUGUCAAUCGCCAGGAAUUCAUCCAACAGUACAAGAACGAGCAACUAUCGUUAAUUCUCACCUAUGCUAUCAGCUUUAUUGCAGUAACAUUCGCUCCUGAGUCCGCCCUGAGCCUUCUAGGCUUUCAGACCCGGCCUGAGGCCCGUUUAUUCUUCUACAAGAAGGCCAAAGCGCUCUUCGACAUGGGAUAUGAAACGAAUAAAAUCACUCUCCUCCAAAGCACAUUUCUCCUAUCGUUCUACGGCGGCGGGCCAAACACCUACUGGAACUUUUACUCCUGGAUCAGCACGGCUGUGACAAUUGCCGAAGGCAUAGGAAUCCACCGCUCGACCAUGGCAGUACCCAACAUGCAACCGCAAGACAAAAGCCUAAUGCGACGAUUAUGGUGGGCCCUGGUGGUUCGCGACAGCAUAUGCGGCACGUUGGUCGGGCGUCCGUUCCGCAUUGACUUGGACCAGGCCGAUGCAGAUAUGUUGACGAUCGAGGAUUUCGCGCACGAUGCCGCAGCCCCUGACUUCCUGGAGGACCCUGCGACUCACCGAUAUGCGCAGCACCAAAUCGAGACCGCGAAGCUGUCCCAGAUCAUGCGUGAGAUCAUCAUCAGCCGGUUCUACCCCGGAAGACGGCCCGUGAUGUCCGACGAGCUCGUUGAAAGACUGGACCGGUGGAAAGCAGAUCUGGUUCCGACAUUGACCUGGGAUGCCGAGGUGCCGGAUCCCUCGAACCCGUUCUCCACGGCCCUGUCCGUCCAAUACCACCACCACCUGAUCUUGAUUUAUCUCGGGCACAGACGCGGCGAGGAGACGUGUCGCCGCGAUGAGCGUGAGGUCGACGAGAUCAUCGACACCGCCGCACAUCAUAUUUCCACCGUGGUGUGCAUGCUCGUGACGCGAUCGGCCGUGCUCAGCGUGCCCCAUGAGCUAUACCACGGGAUCUUCCUCGCGCAGGCGGCGUUCUAUGAGCGGAUGCGGAGUUCGAAUAAACUGGUCGCGCGGCUUGGUCGGUCGGCGCAUAACUCCUGCCAGAUGGUUUUGAAGGCAAUCAGUGAAUUCUGGGAUUGCGGGACGUUUAUCAUGCGGCUGUUUGAUAAUUUGUCGAGUCGCUGUUUGGAGCAGCAGUCGCGGACUACCGAGAGUGGGCAGGAGAGCCGUGCUGUGGGGGCUGCUGAGGCUUCUGAUGUAGGUGGCACUGUGAACGCUGCGAAUGAGGCGGGCAUUUUCAAUUUCAAUGGUUCGCUGGGGGAUGAUUGUUGGCAAUGGAACCCGAUGCUGGAGAGUCUGUUCGAUUUACCACCGGAGCUUUUUUUGGCUGACUAG